AUGCCUCCGAACAUGUCGCCCCCAGCGAAGCUGCUGUCGCCGUCGGGCGCGGCCAAGCCGGUGGAGGUGGCGAAGAGCGAAGCGAACGAAAAGCUGCGCUCCAACUCGUUCAUUCUGCGCUCGGCGCGCAGUCUCAGCGCCACGCAGCUCGCGUGCCUCGCGCUCGUCUUCCUCGUCACUAUCGUGAGUGUGCUCUACCGCUCCACCUCGCCGCUUUUAGCGCGCGACGCCGGGGCGCAGCUCUCAGCGACGUGGGGCGGAGACUUGUGGGAGGCGGAGGUCGUGCGCUCCGCCACGCCACAUGAGCCAUCGGGGUUGGUGGUGCUGGUGACGGGCGCGGCGGGCUUCGUGGGGUCGCACGUGUCGUUGGCGCUGCGACGGCGCGGCGACGGCGUGGUGGGAGUGGACAGCUUCAACAGCUACUACCCCGUCGCGCUCAAGCGCGCGCGCCAGACACGCCUGCAGGAGAAAGGCGUCAUGGUGGUGGAGGGCGACAUCACGAGCGCGGAGCUGUUGGCGGAGCUGUUCCGCGUGGUGCGCUUCACGCACGUGCUGCAUCUGGCGGCGCAGGCGGGCGUGCGGUACGCGGUGCAGAACCCCAUGGCGUACGUGCACUCCAACGUGCACGGCUUCGUGCAGCUGCUCGAACUCUGCAAGGCGGCAGACCCGCAGCCCGCCAUUGUGUACGCGUCGUCGUCAUCAGUAUACGGCCUCAACACUAAGGUGCCAUUCUCAGAGGACGAUCGCACGGACAAGCCUGCCAGUCUCUAUGCCGCUACUAAGAAGGCGGACGAGGUGCUGGGGCACACGUACAACCACAUCUAUGGCCUCUCCGUCACCGCCCUCAGGUUCUUCACAGUGUACGGGCCGUGGGGGCGACCAGACAUGGCCUACUUCUCCUUCACACGCAACAUUGUUGACGGCAAGCCGAUAAAGAUAUUCCAGGGGCCGAAGCAGGAGGAGCUGGCGCGAGACUUUACGUACAUUGACGAUGUGGUGCGCGGCUGCGUGGCUGCGCUGGACACGGCGGGGCCCAGCACGGGCAGUGGCGGGCGCAAGAAGCGCAAGGCGCCCUUCCGCGUGUACAACCUGGGCAACACACAGCCGGUGCGAGUGGGCGACUUCGUGGGGCUGCUGGAGAAGCACCUGGGCAUCAAGGCCGUGCGCAAUUACAUUCAAAUGCCCAGCACCGGUGACGUCCUCUUCACACAUGCCAACAUCACCAGAGCACAUCGUGAACUAGGGUACGAGCCAGCAACGGACCUGGACAGUGGGCUGGAGAAGUUUGUGCGCUGGUACCGCAGCUACUACGUGCAGGGCGGGGCCAAUGACAAAACCCUCGAUGGCUAUGUGCCGUACUGA